UAGACCUAGAGCACCACUUAUGCCUCUUAACUCUCGGCAACAAACUUGGCCUUUCGCCCCCAAACCUCCCUGAUUCCAAGGUCAAACGGGUUCUCGACUUGGGCACUGGCACAGGCAUUUGGGCAAUUGACUUUGGAGAUGAGCACCCCGAGGCUGAGGUGAAUAGAGAGUAGUCGCAGAGCCAAAGUCUUCCAACUGACACUAUACCACCUAGAUUAUCGGUAUAGAUCUAUCUCCCAUUCAGCCGAGCUUGUAAACAUGGUGUGCGAUUGUGGUCGUCACGUUAACUAACAGCUAUCCAGUGUUCCCCCAAAUGUCCGAUUCCUCAUUGACGACAUAGAUGAGGACUGGGGUUAUUCCGAGCCGUUUGACUACAUUCACAGCAGAAUGAUGAACUUUAGUGUUCAGAACUGGACUGUUUAUCUGCGCAAAAUCUUCCAGAAUCUCGCCCCGGGCGGCUACAUUGAGCUGCUGGAGGUUGAUGGUUUCUUGAUGUCCGAUGACGGUACUCUUACCGAAGACCAUGCCCUUUGGAAAUGGUGCAAUCUUCUACGCGAAGCAGCAGCCAAAUUGGGCCGGCCUUACGAACAAACCGAUAAAUUCAGGGAGAUCAUGGCCGAGGUCGGAUUCACCGAGGUCGUCGAAACCCGUUUCAAGUGGCCGACAAACCACUGGGCAAAGGACAAGAAAUACAAAGAACUCGGGACGUGGAAUAAUGAGAACACAGCCCGUUUUCUUGAGGCGGCCACUUUGGCGCCGUUCACGAGAGUUCUUAAAUGGUCUAAGGAAGAGGUUCAUAUUUUUCUGGCUGAUGUGAGGAAGGAAUUGAACGACCCGAAGAUUCAUGCCUACUCGCCAAUUUGCUCGGUUUAUGGAAGGAAGCCUGAGUCCUGAGGAAUAUAUGCGGGUCAUGUAGUGCUUGCAGAAUUCUAGGAAUUUGCCGGUUUUUCCAGGCUUUUGGUGGAUGUGACGCAUGGCCAGCUACAAUCAAUAAAUAACGUAUUCGAGCUUUGAACUUCUCCAAAUUCACGCUAAAGAUUUGGAGCUGAUGUGGGAUCGCACCAUCAAGGCCAUAUGUGAUCCCCUGCUGCAAAGGUCGAUGUCCGCUUCGCCACGCAAACACAACGUUCAAGUCAGCACCAGCACUACGAUCGUCGUAUCUGUUAAAUGGGGAAUUACUACUUGGGUAGGGCCUAGAGAC